AUGCCUAAAGCGGAAGCUCGGUUGCAAGUGUUGCAAGUAUGCAAGUUGUUGCAGUGCAUCAGAGAACGAAAUAAGAAGCAAGUACAGAAGUUAAUACUACAUGGUACACCCCAUCUAAUCAAUUACAACGCCUCAGAUGAAGGAUUAACUGCACUCAUCGUAGCAGCAAAAGCAAACGAUGAUGACAUGAUGGAAUUUUUGCUUGGCCUCGGUGCUCAUCCCGAUGUCAUGGACUUGAAAGGAAAAACUGCAGCCAUUUGGGCGGCAGAGUUUGGCAAUGUCGAGUGCUUGAAGAAAUUGCUUUCUGCAGGGGCAGACAUGACACUGACUGAUCUGGAGGGUAAAGGUAUAUUAUUUUAUCUCAUGACACCUACAGAGCGGCAUGCAAUAUGUCUGGACCUAGUGCUGGCUAAUGGUGCUGAUGUGAAUAAUGUUGAUCAUGAGGGUAAUCAUGUGUUUGCUGUAGCUUGUGACCUUGCAGAAGACAAUGAACGCUUCUGUCUGCAGCUUCUCAAACAUGGAGCAGAGCCCAACUGUAUCCAGCAGAAAUCUGGCCGCACCCCUCUGAUGGCUGCUGCUGCAAGUGGUGGUAUCAAGGUAGUUUCAGCCCUGUUGGAAGCUGGGGCUCUUGUCAACACAGUGGAUGUGAAAAAGUGCACUGCCAGCCAUUUGGCUGCCCUCAAUGGUCAUCUGCAAGCCUUGAUGCUAAUGGCAGGAUAUGGUGCUGAUUUUAAUGUGUUGGCCAGUGAUGGAGGAAACCCAAUACAUCAUGCAGCUGCCAAGGGACAUGCAAUGUGCAUCAAGUUCUUGUCACAGAGAGGAUGCAACCCCAAAAUAAAAAACAAUCUAGGCUUCCUGCCAAAAUUGUUAGCCAAAGAAGCCGGUCACAAAGAAGCAGGCAAGGAGAUCAGGAAAGCUGAAAGAGCAUUUGGAAAAGUUGGCAAAAAUAAUGAUCCCUGGAUCCUUCAGCUUUACGACUGGCUGCAGGCAAGGAGGGAAACAAUCAUCGCUAGUUGUAAAGCCGUCGAUAUGGAAGAUGUGGGGCAGGUGAAGACCAGUGAGUUUAUGGACAUUCUGACUUCACUGCAAUGUCCAACUGAAGAGAGUGAAUUGAGAUCAGUGUUGCUUUUACAAGACAAAAACAAAGAGGGAGUCAUUGAUUAUGCUGACUUCAUGCUUGCCAAGAAAUGGGUGAAUAAAAACUUUAUUGCUGCAGCCUUUGAAGGAAAGAAAAAGAAAGGAAAGAAACGUGGUAAAAAAGGUGGCAAAAAAGGAAAAUUUAAGCUUAUUAUGCCAAUCUGCAUUCAAGAUGAAGGUCCAAGAACAUUUGGAGGUGCUCCACCAGAGAUAUAUAUUCCUAGACAUAUCCAUUUCACAGACACAGGGCGGUUUGAUCGGGACUUGCCACCCAAACACCCACUGCAGGAUGAUUCAGCUUGGUACAUCCAGUCUCCAGCAAAAACAUAUGUUAACAUGAUUGAAGCUGCCAAAAAUGCUGAUUUAGAUUCUUUGAAAGAUGCUUUAGACAUGGGCAUACCGGUUGACACCCGUGAUAGGUUUUACAAGACUCCUCUGAUGAUUGCUUGUGCUGUGGGCAACAUCAAAGUGGUGCAGUUCUUGCUGGAGAAAGG